AUGUCCAGCGACUUAAGAACCGUUAAAAGAUUAUCCGAUGAAGAGGAGCAACAACGUCUCAAAGAGAAGCGCUUGCGAGAAGAGUUGAAACGCGCUUUGGCGGAAUUGUCGGACGACGAAGAUGAAAUUGAAGAAAUUGUGCCCGCUUUUCCGACUACCGACGAGUUGCCUAGUUCGAGUUUGAAACGAAAGCUUCCACUCUUCUACGCGUAUUCCUUCGUUUCUGUGGCCACUGUCACACCGACGAUGAAUUGUCUUCGACACUUUGAUCAGCCGAUCAUCUGUGCAAUGAUUCUGAGGGAUGAUGAGUCUCUCAAGAAUGUGUCGGUGAUGUUCUGCGAUCUCUGCCCAAAUGAUGACGACCUUCUCAAUUUCACCGUCAUGUUCAAUGAGCCGCUCAUCGAACUUAUCAAGGAGACAUUUCCGUUUGACGGGAAAAACACUAAUGACGUUUUUCGCCACAUUUGGAACGUUGAGGUUAAGGCCAAACUUCAAGCCGAGAUGGUCCGCGGUCCCAUCGAGCCUCGCUUCGACAUUGACUAUCUCACCGAUAUGAUUGAUAAUCCGGAACCGGAAACUCUGACGUCCGAACAAAUUGCUCUAAUGCGAAGCCCAAACAGUCUUGUAAACUGUUUCGACGUGAUCGGCUGCUUGAGCUAUGAGAAUUCGGCGUAUGUCUGCGCGAUUCAUGAUGAGGAAAUUGUUGGUGGCAUUUUGAUCAAAGACAAAUUCCAUCACCGUCACACUGUCGUCUCGUUCUGCGAAUGCUGCACUAACAAGCAGCUCGAGCAGUGCAUCGAUUGGCCCGAAGAGCUUCUUCACGCAGUGAAGCUCACACUCAUGGAAAACAAGCCGAAUGAGGUCUUCAAAUGGUGGCGCAAUCCGGACAAGUACAAACUCAAAUACUACGCCAAGAAGAUUGGAAUCUGUGGCUAA